AUGAAGCAAAAGCUACAGCUUGAAGAUGACAGAGAACUUGAAAUCCUCAAGGCUGUGGCACAAGCUUGGUACAGCCACUCCGGCAGCUCCCGGCCCAUGUCCAAAUUUGACGCCUGCCCGAGAAAUUACAAUGGCAAAUCGCCAUCCCGAUUCAAGCUUGAAGCAAUGAGAAAAUCAUCAUCAGCUGGUGAUACAAAAUGGGAUUUCGGGCAGUCACUAUGGGAUGCUUAUGAGAUUGUGGCCGUUUCGAAAAGGUUAGAGACAGGGCUAGUCCUUGAUGAGUUGGAGAGUGUGACACAAGUCCGUCGGAGGCGUAGGGAGAGCAAGCACAGCCUUAGAAGAUUUUGA